AUGCGGAAGACUCUUCACAAGAGAGCCGUGACCAGCUGGCAGCCUCGUACAGCAGGCUCAGACCCUCCCAUUGCUCAGGCCUUCAUCACCUGUCUGGGACCAGGCACCCCGCUCCCUGCCCUUCCCGCCUGCCCUCCGCGGCGCGGCGGGGCCGAGGGGGCCGGGCGGGGGGCGCGGGGCCGCUGCCCGCUCCCCACGCGGCCCCAGCCCUCCGAACUGGUUACAGCCAGCGGCCGCCGCGCCGGCUCGCCGGGCUGCAGCCGCCUCCUCCCCUCGCUCCCCUUCCGCCUGCCGGGCCGGCCGCCCCGCUUCAGGCCGGGCCGGCUCCCACGGGACCGCAUUCCUCCCCUCACCUCGCGCCGUCGGGAUCCGGCUCCUCAGCGGCAGCGGGAGCGGCAGCAUUCCCGGGACGCUGUCUCCACGCCGGCGCCCCCGGCGGCUUCUCCUCCCCACGGGGCUCUCUCCGCUCUCCGGCCCGCAGCUCCCGAGCGCUCCCGGCCGCCGCAGCCCCGUCCCGCCUCUCCGCUCUCUCCCCGGCGCUCAGUAAUGGCGGCCGCCGAGCCUCCCCGGCUCUCGCUUGGCUGACGGAGUCUCUCUCUCCCCCUAACUUUACCU